ACAGUCCACAGAGUAAAAUUCCCGAGUACCAAGGAAGCGGGACGAGAGCCCGGCCUCACCGAUCCUCCAGCCUAAUGAGCCUAAUUAUCAUCCUGCUCCUAAGAAAGGCAGCAGCAAGUUUGGGAACUGAAGAUGAUGUUUUGGCAAGGGCGGCCCCGAUGCCCUCGGUGGGUGCGAUGCUGCAGAGGACCAGCUGCCGUGCCGGCCAGCUCGGCCCCCGCUGCCAAGCCCAGCCGGCACCGGUGCCUUCGGCUAACCUAAGAUGGGCUGGAAGGAAGAGGGACGGGACGGUGAAGUUAUCGCCACGGAGUCAAGGGGACAAUUCCACGACUUGUAAAUGUAUCACCAUGCUGACCUCCACUUUGGCACUAGCACAAAAACCCCGCUGGACCUGCCAGACCUCCCGGGUUCACAGGGUGGUCAGGGCAAGCAAGCGAUGGAAAUAUUUCUGGGAUGAGCUGGGAUUCCCUCUGAGAUCCCAAACAGCACAAGCAGUCUCACUAUUUAAAAUGACUUUGAAGUUGCAGAGCACAACACUGGCCCAUUCAGACCCCGAUGGCUGUUCGUUAUCCAGCAGCAGCUCAGUGUUACCAAGAUUGAAGGUUGUCAAUUAUAGAGAAAUUAAGAGCCCCGUGAAGAAGAGUUUGUGCUUAAAGCACAGCCGGAGCUUGCCCAGAUCCCGCUGAUGUUUCUUGCCAGAAGCAGGCACGGCCGAAACGCAGCACAGCUCCAGUCUCAAACUGACAGUGACAGAGUUGCAAAAUACCUGUUUUUGAAACCUACUUGUCCAAAUAAAUGCUGAGUAACCCAG